GUCAAUCGACGAGAGCAUUGGAAACAGCUCAUAACCAAACAAAAGAAUCAAUAACGGUAAAAGUUUGUAUCGCAAAACUAUAUAAAAAGUACUUGAAAUAAUGGCUGCAGCAGCUGCCGCGAAGAUAGCGGAAGUUCGCGAAACUACACGUGUAGAAAGAAUUGGUGCCCACUCACAUAUAAGAGGUCUAGGAUUAGAUGAAAGUCUUGAGGCGAGACAUGUAUCUCAAGGAAUGGUCGGACAGGUAGCGGCAAGACGGGCAAUUGGUAUUGUCUUACAAAUGGUUAGAGAAGGAAGAAUUGCUGGUAGAGCUGUUCUUUUAGCUGGUCAACCUGGUACCGGUAAAACUGCUAUAGCAACAGCAUUGGCUCAAGCUCUAGGUCAGGAUACUCCUUUCACUAGUAUGGCAGGGUCAGAAAUAUACUCACUUGAAAUGAGUAAAACUGAAGCUUUAACUCAAUCUAUUAGAAAAAGUAUAGGGGUUCGCAUCAAAGAAGAGAGUGAAAUUAUUGAAGGUGAAGUAGUAGAGAUACAAAUUGAUCGUCCAGCUACUGGCGUAGGUACAAAAGUGGGAAAACUAAUAUUGAAAACAACUGACAUGGAAACUAUUUAUGACUUAGGUGGUAAAAUGAUUGACAGUAUUUUAAAAGAGAAAGUACAGUCAGGUGAUGUAAUUACAAUUGAUAAAGCUACAGGCAAAAUUACAAGAUUGGGUAGAUCUUUUGCUAGGGCCAGAGAUUAUGAUGCUACUGGACAACAGACUAGAUUUGUUCAGUGUCCUGAGGGUGAACUACAGAAACGUAAAGAAGUUGUCCAUACAGUUACUCUCCAUGAAAUCGAUGUCAUAAAUAGCAGAACUCAUGGCUUUUUAGCAUUGUUUUCAGGAGAUACUGGAGAAAUAAAACCUGAAGUAAGAGAACAGAUAAAUGGUAAAGUUGCAGAAUGGAGAGAAGAAGGAAAGGCAGAAUUUAUACCAGGCGUGUUAUUUAUAGAUGAAGUGCAUAUGUUAGAUAUUGAGUGUUUCUCUUUCUUGAACCGAGCAUUAGAAAAUGAAAUGUCACCAAUAGUCAUAAUGGCUACAAAUAGAGGCAUUACUAAAAUUAGAGGAACUACUUACAAAUCACCUCAUGGUAUACCAUUAGAUUUAUUGGAUAGAACAAUCAUUGUUCCAACUCAGCCUUAUGAUGAAAAAGAAUUAAGGGAAAUAUUAAGUAUUCGUUGUGAAGAAGAAGAUUGUCAAAUGUCAGACAAUGCUUUAACUGUGCUCACAAGAAUAUGUAAGGAAACCUCCUUACGCUAUGGUAUGCAAUUGAUAAUGACCUCCAAUUUGAUAGCAAGAAAACGAAAAGCCCAUGAAGUAGAUGUGGAAGAUAUUAAAAGAGCAUAUCAACUAUUUUUCGAUGAAGGAAGGUCUGUCCAAUUCUUACGGGAGUAUCAACAAGAAUUUAUGUUUAAUGAAAUAGACGAUAAAGAUGAUAUGGAAAUUGAAACAAUAUAAUUUUAAGUCAUUUCUCUUGUAUAAUAUGUUUUUUCAAUAAAUAAAUAUAAAGGAAA